AAAAUAUCUCCCUUUGUUCUUUCCCUGUCAGGUGUCAUGCCCCCAUGAGCUCUAAAGCUUUGCCUCCCACAGAAUGGCAGAAACUCCACAGCCCAACUCUACCUUCCUCUGCCCAACCUUCUUCAUACUGACUGGCAUUCCAGGGCUAGGGGGUGUCCAGGCCUGGCUGACACUGGUCUUUGGGCCCAUGUAUGUGUUGGCCUUGCUGGGCAAUGGAGCAUUGCUGGCAGUGGUGUGGAUAGACUCCACACUACAACAACCCAUGUUCCUACUCCUGGCCACACUGGCAGCCACAGACCUGAGCUUAGCCACAUCUAUAGCCCCAGGGUUGCUGGCCGUGCUGUGGCUUGGGCCCCGACCUGUGCCAUAUGCUGCCUGCCUGGUCCAGAUGUUCUUUGUGCAUGCACUGACUGCCGUGGAAUCUGGUGUGCUUUUGGCCAUGGCCUGUGAUCGUGCUGUGGCAGUAGGACGCCCACUGCACUACCCGAUCCUAGUCACCAAAACCCGUGUGGGCUAUGCAGCACUAGCACUGGCACUCAAAGCUGUGGCUAUUGUUGUACCUUUCCCUCUGCUGGUGGCACGAUUUCAGCACUUCCGAGCCAAGACCAUAGGUCAUGCCUACUGUGCACACAUGGCAGUGGUUGAGCUGGUGGUGGGUAACACACGGGCAAACAACUUGUAUGGACUGGCACUUUCACUGGCUGUGUCAGGUGUGGAUAUUCUGGGCAUCACCAGCUCCUAUGGGCUCAUUGCCCACGCUGUGCUGCGGCUGCCUACCCAGGAGGCCCGUGCCAAGGCCUUUGGUACAUGUAGUUCUCACAUUUGUGUCAUUCUGGCCUUCUAUGUGCCUGGUCUCUUCUCCUACCUCACACACCGCUUUGGUCGUCACACUGUACCAAAGCCCAUGCACAUCUUUCUCUCCAACAUCUACUUGCUGCUGCCACCUGCCCUCAACCCCCUCAUUUAUGGGGCCCGCACCAAGCAGAUUAGGGACCGACUCCUGGAAACAUUCACAUUCAGAAAAAGCCAGUUCUAAUGAACAGUGAUUACAAUGGAGACUAGGAGUGCAGGAGGGGGGACACUCAGAGAGUCUAGGGUCUGGAUGU